ACCGUCACUUGUCACUCCUUUCCGACUCGGCUUCCGCUCUCCAAUCCACGCCAUCGCUCUUCUCUCCGCGCCAAACAACUGCAUACACACUCCCAUGGCUACCAAGGACCCCAAGGCUGCAGAAGCUGUUCGCAAGCUCGAGGAGUAUAUUGAGAAAAUCCACUAUUCCGAACGCUACUCGGACGACGAGUACGAAUAUCGUCACGUCAUCCUCCCUAAACCGCUCUUCAAGAUGAUUCCCAAGAAUUUCUUCAGCCCCGAUAACAGUGGCACCCUGCGGCUACUGUCCGAGGAGGAGUGGCGGGGCAUUGGUAUCACGCAGAGUCUGGGAUGGGAGCAUUAUGAGGUCCACGCACCGGAGCCCCACGUCCUCCUCUUCCGCAGGCCCAAGAACUUCGAUCAGGUGAUGGCCAGUAGAGCUGCAGCACCCGCCGGGAAGGCCCAGGCGAAGCGGAAGUAAGCUGGCCGGUAUCAACCCAUCGCCCCUUCUCUUUUCCUCGCGUGAUCGCCUCCGGGCUCGUCAGGAGCUUCCACCACGAUUCCUCGUUCUCAUGGAUUCUCUCGUUCAUUUCACCCGGUCUCUACUGUUAUGUACCUGAUUACGAGCUGUGUUGUGCAUUAUCGCAUCGCUUUCCCUUGCUAUACGCUGUGAAUCGAUAGAUUCAAUCCCUUGAUCGCC